AUGCGGGACGCAGAAUACGACAAGAGAUGCCUCGACGAUGCCGACUGGCCCAGCACUCUUGACAUCGCCUCAAUCGUGCUAGACCUCCUCAGUUUCAUAUUUAACCUAACAGCAACUGUUAUUCUUGCCCGUCUCCGUGCCAAGAAAAUGGAAGACCUAGCCCUGCUUCGAGUCCUUUCUGCCAGCUGUCUUGCGGUCGCCUUCUCCAUUCUCAUAGGCGAUGGCCGGUUGCACGGCAUCAAGAGCGGCAAUCCGGUGCUUGAGCGGAUUAUUUGCCUGUUUUUGAGCACACAAUUCUUCUUCUGGUUCACCUACGCUCUCGCCCAUCAGGCUGCCUUCUCAUCUGCCCUCAAUCGGGCUCUGGUGAUGCUAAAGCCGGAGCAGCAACUGAAUCUGCGGGUAAUCACACCUAAGCAGAGCCUCACGGCCAAUUUGGUGGUUGUUUUCGGUAUUAGUUUCCUCUUCAUGUCACCCCAAUUCCUGCUGACGCGGAUAGGCGAGGACUGUGCCUAUGACCCGCUGCCUACUGAGAUUCCUCUUCUCUCUCUGGUUUACGCCCAUAAUUACCUGUGGGUGGCCAUUCUGGGCAUCUUCACUCAGCUCAGCAUGGUCUACAUCUCCAUCUCUAUGAUCCUACAUGCUCACAGUACAGAACGAGAGGGUCUGGUGGAUGAACUUGAUGGACUGUACUUUCCACAUGCAUGCGAACCCCCCUACUCUUCCGAGUCUCCAUCUGGGACCUCUCGCAGCUUCGAAAGACUUGAGGAGGUACCUGACAGUGGUCGUUGUGGCAUGCGUUGGCUUUCGAUUAAUUCUCGACAGGCCUUUAUAUUCAUAUCCUUUAAUUGCCGAAAGAUUCGGGAUCCAGAUAUGUUAUCGCGUUCAUCAUCUCCCAAAGGUAGGGCAGAAGAAGAGGGGGCGGGUUCUGGACCAAAUUAUAUUUGA